AUGAAUGUAUGUCCAAUCAUCGUUGAGCAGUCUCACACCGCAGCCAAUCAUCACCAAGCUGCCUUCCGUCGCAGCCAAUCAGAGCCGAUCAAGACUUCACUACCACCGAUAAAGGUCUCCGAAGUGUCUCUGAAUAUGAGCGUUUCACUCCUUUAUUUAAGUCACUGCAAGGUAUCAUAUAAUAGGUUCCAGCUUUUUGGCGGAGUCAAGAAGACAGGCGAGCCCUCAGCUGCAGAAGACACGCCCACAAAAUCUCCUAAGAAAGACAAGGGAAAGCGCCGUCUGUUCGGCCGGGCGGGCGCGAAGGAGAAUUUCGUAGGGCGGCCCAACCUAGCCUCCCACAGGUCGGAUCCGCAGGUCGCGAGGAUGACUGGGGAUUCCUUUGAGAGGGAGUCGAUCGACCUGGAGGAAGAUUCCGAAUUCCUCUAAGGAGAGUCGAAGGCGAAAGUGGUCGAGGGUCCGCAACCGCACGGCGAAGGUGGUCGAGAAACGGGAUCGAGACGAGACUGAGAAAAAACAAAAACAAAAAGCGAAACAAAAGAGUUUUGUCUUCGAGGCAGCUGAGGCGCGCGCUUGCUCGCGGCCGAAAGUGGUCGAGAGAAAGGAAUAUGGGAGAUGAAAGAGAGGAAAAGUGGAGAAAUGGUAGUGUUUAAAUAGACUAGAUUAAAAGAAAGAGAAUAGGAGAAUGUAAUAGCCGAGAGUGCUCGAGACGGAGAAAAGAAAAUGGGAACUGAAAAUAGGUACACAAAACAAGGCGAAAGUGGUCGAUUAGAAAAUAAAAAACUGACGAUACAAGAUACAAGAAAAUGUAAUUACAUAUAAGGGAAACGGGGGGAAGGUAACUCACCCCCCCAUCUCCUAAAAUAGAAAGACAAAGCAAAGAGAAAGGAAGAAAUACAUUUUAAAAAGAGUUGACACAGCGCUAUUUGUGAUAAGUUGUGACAUUCCUCAUACAAUAAUGUAUAUCUCUCAUCUAAAAGAGAGAGAGAGAGUGAGGGACAAAAUAUUAUGAAAGUUUUUCUUGUAGUUUGUUUUUCGUUAUGAUACAUUUUACCUGAUAUCGAAGGAAAGAAAAUGUAAAC